AGGUCGGCGGGUUUUAUUUGACCAAUUUUGUGAUUCAGAGGGCUACAGAAAGAGUGCUGGAAACGCCUAUGCUUAUGUAUUUCUGACGUUGGUGUGUUUUAUUUGAGGCGGAGCUAGAGACCACUGACACGUAAGGAUCCUGCAUUAAUUCCAAGGGAGAAGCUACAUAGGCCUACAUCUUUUUAGUCGAGAAGAAUGUCCUUUUUAAAUACAACCAGCUGCUAAUGUUUUUUUAUUCGGGUUGAUGCAUAAAAUUACCCAACGAGUCGCACAUUAGGGUGCGUGUAGGCUGGCGACGUAGUCUAAAGUCAACGUUGAAAAUGAGAUUUGCAAUGUUUAUUUCUCUGCUGAGGCCGAUCGGCCCGGUUAUUAUCGGUGUUUCUUUGGGAUUUACCUUGAGUUUACUUAGUGUGAAUUGGGUAGAGGAAACUUGUGUCCUCGACGGGAAAGCGAGUGAAGAAAUGCGUUUGGCCCAAGAUGGGAAUUCAAAAGGAGCGAGGAGACCCAAUUCGAUAUCGACUGUGGAUGCCGAGGAAGAUUUUGAGCCAAGAAUAGUGCCAUAUAAACCAGUCCAACAAAGCCAAACAAAGCAACUUUUUCGGGCUAAGUACAUCAGUACAGAGCUGGGGAUCCGGCAGCGCCUCUUCGUAGGGAUCCUGACGUCCAAAAGCACCAUCAACACAUUGGGGGUGGCCGUGAACCGCACCAUCAGCCACCACCUGGACACUGUGGUCUUCUUCACUGGCAUGCGCAACCGCAAAGUGCCCCACGGCAUGUUCGUGGUCACCCAUGGGGACGAGAGGCUCAUAUGGAACAUUUUCCAGACCAUCAAGUACAUCUUGGAGCACUACGUCCAUGAGUAUGACUGGUUCUACCUGGCCCAGGACGACACCUACACCGAGGCAGACCGGAUCCAACAGCUGGUGGAUCACCUGAGCAUAGACCGGGAGCUUUACAUGGGCAGACCUGAGGAGUUUAUAGGUGGGGAGAUGGAGGGGAGGUACUGCUACGGUGGGUUCGGAUACCUCUUGUCCCGUACCCUGCUGCUCCGGCUCAAACCCUUCCUGGAGAACUGUAGGAAUGACAUCCUGAGCGCCAGGCCUGACGAGUGGCUGGGCAGAUGCAUCAUUGAUUAUGCCAACACCAACUGUGUGGCUGAGCAUGAGGGGCUGCAGUACUACCAUUACGAGAUGGGCAAGAACUCUGAUCCGAAUAAGGUGAAGAAUGUGCAGUUUAAUAAUGCCUUGACUGUCCACCCGGUAUCUGACCCUGAGCAGAUGUACAGACUACACAAACACUUCACUGAAAUCGAACUUCGGAGGACAUACGAUGAGAUCGAGAAGUUGCAGGCAGAGAUAAAGAACGUGAGCAAAGUGGCUUUUGAUGGCAACCGGAGCGCCCAGUGGCCCGUUGGGAUCAAUCCUACGUUUGAGCCGAAGUCCCGUUUUGAGGUCAUCCGAUGGGACUACUUCACAGAGGAGCAGGUCUAUUCAUGCAUUGACGGCUCCCCCAAGUGUGAACUGCGUGGCAUUGAUCGGUUGGACGUGGCCGACGUCAUUGAGAGAGCCAUGGGGGAGCUGAACAAGAAGUACAAGCCUGUCCUCCACCUGAAGAAGCAGCAGCUGAUCAACGGCUACCGCCGCUUCGACCCCACUCGGGGCAUGGAGUACACCCUGGACCUGCAGCUGGAGGUGGUCAACCAGAAGGGCCGCAGUCGCUCCAUCACCAAGAGGGUCCACCUGGUGCGUCCCCUGAGUCGCAUCGAGAUCAUCCCCAUGCCUUACGUCACAGAGGCCACCAGGGUUCACGUCAUCUUGCCGUUGACUUUUCAGGAACGGGGUGCCGUCAACCAUUUUCUAGAAGUGUUUGCCACAAAUUUGUUUGAGACCAGUGACAACGCCAUCUUGACUUUACUGUUUAUCUACGACCCAUUCGAGGCCCAGCAGGUCAACCAGAAUGACAUAUUCACCAGUGUUAAAGCGCAGAUCAAUGCAUACGAACGCAAGUAUCCGGCAGUGAAGAUCCUGUGGAUAAGUGUCAAGACAGAAACCCCUUCUCAAAUCAAAUUCAUGGACAUCAUUUCCAAGAAGCACCCAGUAGACACGCUGUUCUUCAUCACCAACGUCAACACCAACGUCAACUCCGAGUUCCUCAACCGUUGCCGCAUGAACUCCAUCAACAACUGGCAGGUAUUCUUCCCAAUCCACUUCCAGGACUACAACCCAGACAUUGCCUUCCACAACCAGGAGCCCCCACCCACAGUAGACCUGGUCAAGGACGCCGGACACUUUGACCGCAGUUCUUUCGAGGAGGCGUGCUUCUACAACUCCGACUACAUGGUGACGCGCACGCGCAUGGCCUCCGACGUGCAGGAGAACGAGGAGAUCAUGGAGACCUUGGAUAUCUACGACAUGUUUGUCAGGUACUCCACCCUGCAUGUGUUCAGGGCUGUGGAGCCGGCUCUGCACCAGAAGUACCACUACCAGGCCUGUAACCCGCAGCUCAGUGAGGACAUCUACCACAGGUGUGUCCAGAGCAACCUGGAUGGCCUGGGAUCACGUUCCCAGCUCGCCAUGCUGUUAUUUGAACACGAGCAAGGAAAUAGCACUUGAUCACCAGCCCCCUUAGAAACUUGACCUAGUAUGUGUGUGAUUGUGUGUAUGCGUGAGUGUGAUGAGUGUGUGUUUGUUUUAAAACUAAUGCAGUACAUUCCUAAGCAGAAACCUUUUUAAAAAAAAAAAAAAAUAAAUUUUACUAAAUGUUUACAAUAAAAAUGUGCUGUCCGUACAGAAAACGAUGGUGGAACCAAAUGUGGUUUAAACAUUCGGAUUUGGUGGUCAUACUGGUCAUCUCAUUAUUUUAACAUGUUACAAAAGUUCUACAUACCUUUGUGGCUCUUGAGGGUAUGGCUUUAAACCUGCACAGCUUUUGAUGCUUGGUCAUUUGCAGUUUAGUAAUCACUACUAAAGCACAUCUGUGUGCCUUUAAAAAAAAAAAAUGUAAACGUCCGUCAGUCCUCUUGUAUUUUCAUGUCCGUUAUCAUAUCAAGCAAAAUAAGUAGAGAUUUUUUACAUUGUAUACAUUUUAUUAAUAUUUGAGUCCCUUCCUUUCACAUUACACUUCUCACAUUUGAAUGAAUGAGCUGGCAUCUGCAAUAUAGAUUCACUCUACUCGCAUGUUAACGGGAAGGAAGCUUUACGGCACUGACGUCAUCAGAUGCAGAAUGAGAUUACUCGCUCUGGAUAAGAGCGUCUGCUAAAUGACGUAAAUGUAAAUGGUAUGUGUUGGUUGGUACUGUAGGUUCCCAUAGCGUGACAUCACAAACAAGCCUGUAGAUGUAGAGCUUCUUCAGGAGGUUACAGUAAAAAGAGAACGAUAUGAUUGUCUCUUAUUUAGAAUAGGGAAUUAUGUCAUCUUUAUCCAUUACAUUUAUAUAUGCAACGUUCUGAAUGUUUUAACUCUGAAUACACCCCUGGCCAGACGUUUGUCUGAAGAUAUUUUGUGAGAGUCCUUGUUGAGAGGCUAACGCACAGUUCAGACGCUGAACUUUUGGUUAAUCGAAUGGAAUAGAAAUUAAGAGGUUGAAAGGUUUUGCUUGACAUACUGAUUGGUUUCAUGCUACAACCGCUUUCAACACUACAGACUUCCUUGUAGGCUUUGGGUCGAAUUCAGGCACAACACCUCUUGUUUUAAAGAAGUGCAUUGCACAAAAAGGACAAAGACAGACGAUUCCCACACCUAUGCAGCGCGGAAGAUAAUGUUUGAAACGGUGAAUAUGAUCGGUUUAAUGUGUAUAUUAUAGGGAUGGGCAUUUUACAAUUGUUGAAUGUUCGUGGACCCCUUUUUUUUCUGAGUACUCAAAUAACCCAAAUCCUAAUUGCCCUAAUAUAUUAAAACAAUAAAAAUGCAAGUGCCAUUUUAAAAUUAAUUUAUUGAAGCCGUUCUAUCAACUGAUUGUGUUCCAUGAUAUGAUAUAAUCUUCAAAAAGGCAGUAACCUCCGCAUUUGCGCUUGCUUGUAGAACCCUGUGGCUGUUCAAUGGCUUAGCCUUUUGUUAAUUUAGCAGACAAUACGCUCUUAUUUCCCGAGCCCUUAUCACAGUCAAAACACAUAUUUCAUAGUUUAAAAUACAUUUAAAAAACGAUGUAAUAUAACAGAAUAUUUUUCCAACUGGAAAAAAAGUUGCCAGUGCAAAGUGAUGCGCAUUGCAUGUGGAACAGUUAUCACCAGUGAUCAUUUGACACGUUUCUUAAUGGAAGAACACUCGCAUUGAACACUGCAUGGUGAUGUGAUGCAUUGUGGCCACAUCUGUUUGUCGAGUAGGCAUAUACUUUUUUAUUCAGAUGAAAAUACGCUCUUUGUCGUCAUCAAACUAAUGUUUUGCAGAUGUUAAGUGUGGAACCUGUAUGUUUAGGGGGGUUAUAGCCUAGACUAACAAAUUCUAAAUGGCACCAACAGUUCGCAAAGUAACUUAAGCGGAAAUAGUCAGGACACAACUAUUCCAAAACUGCAGCUCGUUCCUGGAACACAUUUUCCAACUUCAAUCAACCAGUCCAUUUUGAAUUUGUAACUGUGUUCAUUUGGCGUGGAAUGUAGCUUGUGUAUCCAAUCCGUUAGAUACGUGUUUUAUAGGCAUUUUGUUUCUGUAGGCCCAACGGGAGCUUGUGUGGCGGGAUCGGGAGGGGAAAGGGAAUUUGGAGAAGAAAUGUGUGACGCUUGGCUUGGUUUCUUUUUUUGUUGUACCCAGCAAAUGCACAUGUUCAUAUGGAACACAAGAGUCGAGGCAAAUUUGAACGUUGUCUAAAGACAAAAUGUCACUUGCCUUAGUUUUACAGUGGGCUAUUUGGAGAGAAAAAAGUGAUCUCUGGUUAAAUAUAGAGCUUUUACGUCCGUUGCAGUACUAAUUUACUCAUGCCUACUCUGUUAACGCAACGUGUCUUCAGAUUUCCUGUCUCCCAGUCUCCUCAAACUUAAUAUAAACCAUGAUGUUAGCUAUAUUACUGUGCAACGUAUGUUAUAUUUUUUUCCCCCGAGAUUGCAAAUAAAUCUGUACGUUGUAGUGCCCAUCGGUUAUGAAUGUUUCAACCUCUGUGUCGAGAAGGGGCACACUCUAAAGUGAUUUUCGUACCAGGUUAGGAGAGCAUUUUUGCUAACCCUUUUCCUCAGGCUCCUUACUUGCUACCUUAAAUCUCCCACCCUGCUGUGUAAGUUAUCCUAACCUGCUACGAAAAAGUGGCGUAAGAAGAAUUGCCCGUGUUGAGAAGUUGUGUGUUUGCCGUCUGUUCCGGGUUUCAAAGAUCACCAAAAACGACUAACCAUGAGCCUUAGCGUUUCGGCCGCCACAGAAACAUACCCUGGGUCUGUUCUAACGUGACCAACAACCUGGGUGCCCAUUUCUCCCGACAGGGGAAUAAUUGCUCUUGCGCUCUAUGUAACGGAUACGCUCUUCACCCGUUCCGCGCCAAAAGAGCGUCAGAAAAGUCAGACGGAGUGGCAGGCAGCCUAGUGGUUAGAGCGUUGGGCCAGUAACCUAAAGGUUGCUUGAUCGAAUCCCCGAGCUGACAAGGUAAAAAUCUGUCGUUCUGCCCCUGAACAAGGCAGUUAACCCACUGUGCCUAGGCUCUCAUUGUUAUUAAGAAUUUAUUCUACUUUGCCUACUUAAAAAUAAAUAAAAACACAAUUUCAGAUGGCACUCCAUGCCCGCUCUUCCAUAGAGAAAGUGAUGUAUUUUUUUUUGUAGGUAUUUGAAAUCAGUUGAACAAGACUGCAGUUAUUAAAAAUAAGAAUUUGUUCUUACCUGACUUGCCUAGUUAAUAAGGUCAAAUAAAUUAAAUUGUGUUAUGUACUGUAGAAGUUGGCAUUCAACAUUGUUACAUUACAUUUCUAUUACAUCUGAAUAUACACUACCAGUCAAAGUUUUUAGAACACUUACUCAUUUGUACUAUUUUCUACAUUGUAGAAUAAUAGUGAACACAACUAUGAAGUAACACAUGGAAUCAUGUGUUAAACAAAUCAAAAUAUAUUUGAGAUUCUUCAAAUACCCACCCUUUGCCUUGACAGUUUUGCACACUUGACUCUCUCAACCAGCUUCACGAGGUAGUCACCUGGAAUGCAUUUCAAUUAACAGGUGUGCCUUUGUUAAUUUGCGGAAUUUCUUUCCUAAAUGUAUUUGAGCCAAUCAGUUGUGUUGGGGGGUAUACAGAAGGUGGCCCUAUUUGGUAAAAGAGCAUUCCAUGUUAUGGCAAGAACAGCUCAAAUAAGCAAAGAUAAAUAAACAGUCCAUCAUUGACUGACCUUCGUGUCUGAAAGUAAUCUGGAAAAUGUCAAGAACUUUCAAAGCUUCUUCAAGUCCAGUUGCAAUAACCAUCAUGCACUAUGAUGAAACUGGCUCAUGAGGACUGGCAAAGGAAUGUAAGACCCAGAGUUGGCUCUGCUGCAGAGGAUAAGUUCAUUAGUUACUAGCCUCAGAAAUUGCAGCCCAAAUAAAUGCUUCUGAGUUCAAGUAACAGACACAUCUCAUCUCACAUCUCAACAUCAGCUGUGAAUCAGGCCUUUCAUGGUCGAAUUAAACACCAAUAAGAAGAGACUUGCUUGGGCCAAGAAACACAAGCAAUGGACAUUAGACCGGUGGAAAUUGGUCCUUUGGUCUGGAGCCCAAAUUGUUCCAACCGCCUUGUCUUUGUGAGACAUGGUGUGGGUGAACGAAUGAUCUCAGCAUGUGUAUUUCAGACCAUAAAGCAUGAUGGAGGAGGUGUUAUGGUGUGAGAGUAGUUUGCAGGUGACACUGAUAUAUUUAGAAUUCAAGGUACACUUAACCAGCAUGGCUCCCACAGCAUUCUGCAGUGAUACACCAUCCCAUCUGGUUUGCGCUUCGUGGGACUAUAAUUUCGUUUUUCAACAGGACAAUGACCCAACAAACCUCCAGGCUGUGUAAGGGCUAUUUGACCAAGAAGGAGAGUGAUGGAGUGCUGCAUCAGAUGACCUGGCUUCCACAAUCCCCCAACCUCAAACAAAUUGGGAUGAGUUGCACUGCAGAGUGAAGGAAAAGCAGCCAACAAAUGCUCAGCAUAUGUGGGAACUCCUUCAAGACUGUUAAAAUCAUUCCAGGUGAAGCUGGUUGAGAGAAUGCCAAGAGUGCAAAGCUGUCAUCAAGGCAAUGGUUGGCUACUUUGAAGAAUCUCGUAUUUUUUAACACUUUUUUUGGGGGGGGUUACUAAGUGAUUCCAUAUGUGUUAUUUCAUAGUUGUGAUGUCUUCACUAUUCUACAAUGUAGAAAAUAGUCAAAAUUAAGAAAAACCCUUGAAUGAUUAGAUGUUCUAAAAAUGUUGACCGGUAUUGUAGGUAGUUUGAAAUUACAUUUGAUAUUUCCCUGCAACAUUUAUGGAAGUAAAAAAAUAUAUAUAUUUCAUGUUGAUAAGUAUUAUUAUAUGUAUUUAAAUGCUAUCACAUUGUAGCCCUCAAUAUCUAAUGGUUUGCUAUCAAGCACACCCCAAUUCCCACUCAGUAUUGUGCAACCAGAGGCCUUUUGAGUGGAUGCAGCAGGUACUAGAAACCUGAGUUUGAAAUGUGAGUUUAAGUAAAAUAUGUGCAAUACUGUAUAGAUUACAACAAAAAAAUUGACUGUCCAAUCAAGAACAAGGAUUACAUUUUUGUGACGUGUUGCAAGUUGAAUACAUGCUCUAAAUUAUAUUUAUUUAAAACUUAUACCAAGGAAAUAUCCUGUGUAACAACACUGAAGGUGACAUGAACUACAUUGACUUAACUUGCAUUACUGUUUUGUGUGUUAAUACACCACAUUAGAUUUAUAUUGUAUUAUACUGACAAACAAAAUGGACACAGUCUAUCAUGACAUGAAAACCUACUUAAAAUAAAUAACGUAAUUCCCUUAAGUCUUGCUUUUUUUUUUUCUUCCCCAAGUGGUUUUGUAAUUGCAUCCACAAUGCUUAAUGCGUGUCUACUUCACCAGAGACUUGAGGUUACAUUAUGCAAAUUCAGAAGGCUUUGAAGCUCAAAUAGAGAUCUCAAUUUGUUUGCUUUGUAUCUCUCUGUGUGUGUGUGUGUGUGUGAUAUCAUUUGUUCUGUUAUUAGCUUUGUUUACACAUGGUAAUAGUGUGCGUGAUAGACGUUUCCUAUUUUUGUAUUUUACACAAUGUAUUUUCUUUUCGCUGCCACUGUAAUUCCAAGUAUUGGAUUGAGAGUUUGAUCAAUCCUUUUAUUUACCAGUAAUAUGAAGUGUCCAGUGCACUGUAGUAUGUUUCUAAUGGUAGUGUUAACCAAAGCCAUUACUCAUUGACUUGAGAAACUGUGGCAGGUUAGACAUUCAAUCCAUAUCCUCCCUUUUUAAAGCAGCUGGCCCAAUGCUAUCCAGAUAUAAUAUCAAAGGGUCCUGUGUACAGUACAAACUGUGAUGUUUUGCUCCCCAUCUUAGGACAUUUGUUACACAAAUGCAGAACAGUUCUUCCCUACCAACAGAAAACCAAAAUACUCAUUGGUGAGUCUUCUGUUACAAAGAUUUAGCAUGGCCUAUUAAUCCAAAUGAGUCAUUAUGUAGAUAAAACACUCUAUGGUAUACUGAAAUCUUCAAUGAACUGUGAAUUAUUGUAAUUUUGAAAUAAACUAUUUCAGUAUGA